CAGAAUCAUUGUUUAAUUCUUUACCAGCUGUUCCUUUAACUUCUUCAGUUGGUUUCCUCAACUGAGAACGGCAGAGGUUCUUGUGUUGGCGAGGAUCCGAUGAAAACGACAAUUCUGCUGCUUUUUUUCCUUGUUUCUAUUUCUUUGAAUCUCAUUAACGGCGUAUCUGAUUCGCAGCCAGAUGAGACGAAGAAAAAUAAGUUUCGGGAACGAGAUGCAAGUGAUGAUGCCCUCGGAUAUCCUGUCAUAGACGAGGAUGCUUUGUUAAACACAAAAUGCCCUCGUAAUUUGGAACUAAGAUGGCAGACGGAAGUCAGCUCUAGCAUAUAUGCAACCCCUUUGAUUGCCGAUAUCAACAGUGAUGGGAAGCUCGACAUAGUGGUGCCAUCUUUUGUUCACUACUUGGAAGUGCUAGAGGGUUCUGAUGGAGAUAAAAUGCCAGGGUGGCCUGUCUUUCAUGAGUCAACCGUUCAUUCCACUCCUCUCCUAUUUGAUAUUGAUAAGGAUGGUGUAAGAGAAAUUGCUUUGGCUACCUACAAUGGUGAAGUGCUUUUUUUCAGAGUCUCAGGCUACUUGAUGACUGAAAAGCUGGAGGUACCUCGGCGGAAAGUUCGUAAAGACUGGUAUGUAGGCUUACAUACAGAUCCAGUGGACAGAUCCCAUCCAGAUGUUGAUGAUAAAUUGCUUAUUCAGGAGGCCACUGACAUGAAAUUAGCAUCUCAAACCAAUGGAGGUACACCUGGAUCAAACACCACCAUCCCUUUGACCAUGCAAGAUAAGCCGGGCUUCUCAGUGAAUAUGUCCCACCCAGAGAAUGAAGAGAAACUAAAUUCUACUCAGACACAAAUAGACAUUAAACUGCCAAGUGGAAUGGGUAAUUCAUCUGGAGAUGCUGAAUCAACAGGCACCAUGAAAACAGAGAAUGUGACAGUUUCAAGGAGGCUUCUUCAAGUUACUGAUUCAAAGGGACAGGAGAGUGGCUCCGAAUCGAAAGCUUCUGAUGGGGAUGUGAAGGGUGCAACUGUUGAAAAUGAUGCAGCUCUGGAAGCAGAUGCUGAUUCGUCUUUUGAGUUAUUCCGCGAUAAUGAUGAGCUAGCUGAUGAGUACAACUACGACUAUGAUGAUUAUGUUGAUGAUUCCAUGUGGGGAGAUGAGGAGUGGACUGAACAGAACCAUGAGAAAAUAGAGGAUUAUGUGGAUGUUGACUCACACAUCCUAUGCACUCCAGUUAUAGCGGAUAUUGACAAUGAUGGGAUAUCUGAGAUGGUUGUUGCAGUAUCGUACUUCUUUGAUCAUGAGUACUAUGACAACCCGGUGCAUUUAAAGGAAUUGGGUGGUAUAGAUAUUGGUAAAUAUGUGGCCAGUUCUAUUGUGGUUUUCAAUCUUGAUACAAAGCAAGUUAAGUGGACAGCAUCACUAGAUCUUAGUACUGACGCUGGAAGCUUCCGUGCACACAUAUAUUCUUCCCCCACUGUGGUUGAUUUGGAUGGGGACGGGAAUUUGGAUAUUCUUGUUGGAACUUCCUAUGGCUUGUUUUAUGUUCUGGAUCAUCAUGGUAAGGUGAGAGAAAAGUUUCCUCUUCAGAUGGCUGAAAUUCAGGGAUCUGUAGUCGCUGCUGACAUCAAUGAUGAUGGAAAGAUUGAACUGGUGACAACUGAUACACAUGGAAAUGUUGCUGCAUGGACUGCACAGGGGGAAGAAAUUUGGGAAGUGCAUGUGAAGAGUCUCAUUCCACAGGGCCCAACAAUUGGUGAUGUUGAUGGGGAUGGUCGCACAGAUGUUGUGGUUCCAACAAUAUCAGGGAAUAUAUAUGUUCUUAGUGGCAAGGAUGGUUCUUAUGUCCGUCCGUAUCCCUAUCGUACUCAUGGAAGAGUAAUGAAUCAAGUUCUUCUGGUUGAUCUAAAUAAGCAUGGGGAGAAACAGAAGGGGCUAACUAUUAUUACGACAUCAUUUGAUGGUUAUCUGUACCUAAUUGAUGGACCCACAUCAUGUGCAGAUGUUGUUGAUAUUGGCGAGACCUCAUAUAGUAUGGUCUUGGCGGACAAUGUUGAUGGUGGAGAUGAUCUUGAUCUCAUUGUUACUACCAUGAAUGGCAACGUCUUCUGCUUUUCUACUCCUGCUCCACAUCACCCCCUCAAGACAUGGAGAUCACCUUACCAGGGAAGGAACAACUUUGCAAACCGACACAACCGUGAAGGGAUCUAUGUUUUGCCUUCAUCGAGAGCUUUCCGUGAUGAGGAAGGUAAGAACUUCUGGACGGAGAUUGAGAUUGUUGACAGAUACAGAGUUCCAUCAGGGUCUCAAGCACCUUAUAACGUCACUACUACUUUAUUGGUUCCGGGGAACUAUCAAGGAGACAGGCGGAUAACAAGUAACCAGGUUUUCGAUCGCCCAGGCAAAUAUCGAAUAAAGCUUCCAGCAGUAGCUGUACGGACUACAGGGACUGUUUUGGUGGAGAUGGUUGACAAGAAUGGACUCCAUUUCUCAGAUGAAUUCUCCCUCACCUUCCAUAUGCAUUACUACAAACUACUGAAGUGGCUUCUGGUCCUUCCAAUGCUUGGGAUGUUUGGCGUGCUGGUUAUCCUUCGUCCACAGGAAGCCAUGCCAUUGCCUUCAUUCUCACGGAAUACUGACUUGUGAUGAUUCACCCUCAUCUGACACUCAGUUGGGGAUUCUGAGUCCUGGGGCUCUGAAGACAUCACCUUGGUGAAAUGCCUGAACUAGCGCAUUGGAGUUUCCAAAUCCACAGUACAGAUCUCCCAACAAAGUUGAACAGAUUCAAAUUCGCCCGCAUCUCAAGCUG